AUGCGGCUGCUAACGAAUCUGUACCGAGGUGGCACAAGCCGCGGACUUGUGUUUUCCGCCUCGAUGCUGGCUCCUUACACACAGAACGUGCGCAAUCAAAUCAUAUGCUCAGCUAUGGGCUCGCCUGAUCCUGACUUGCGACAAGUCGACGGCGUAGGUGGCGGCGUGUCUUCGCUGUCGAAAGUGGCGCUGAUCUCCGUCCCUGCCGUAGACAGUUAUUUUCGGAGAAUUCGUGCGCUAGGUCCCGCUUGGGCCUUCCCGGGCGUCCCUUGGGCAGACGAUGCACGACUCGCAAGUGACCCAAAGUCCGGCUACCACGCCGUCUACCGCUUCGGUCAGGUGCCUGUGAAUGAUGGAACCAACAUAGACUGGAGCACGACGUGCGGCAACUUUCUGUCCGCAGCUGCGAUGCAAUCAUUCAUCCUCCAUGCAGCCUACUUCCAACGGUUGCUCCCAGCUUCCGAGUCAGACGUAACGUUCGUCCAGUUCCCGAUGCGCAUCUUGCUUGCGCACAAUGGCCAGCGGGCAACUGUGCAUCUUCCUUUAAUACGCUCACGCAAGGGCCAUUGGCAUUUGUCCCGCAAGCCUGACACGCAUAUUGCCGGCGUGCCUGGCAUGGCGCCUGGUAUCCGGAUCGACAUGCCGCUCACGCCACAGGUGUGGCCCACAGGCCAGCCACGCAAUACGAUCCAGCUCGAUGGCCAUGAGAUCCCUGUAUCAAUGGUUGAUGUUGGCCUACCUACGAUCUUUGUGCAUGCCAAGGAUCUGGGCGUCCCAACCGAACAAAUCAUUCAGCCAGCGCAUGUCCUUGAUUGUGACAAGAAGCUGCUCGCCCGCAUCGAGGCUGUUCGGUAUCAAGCGGCUCAGUGCGCACCGCAGCUCUCGAGUUUGUGGAGUCCGUCUGCACCGAAAGUAUGCCUUGUGCAUCCACGCACAGCGUAUACGACGUCUGGUGGUACACUAGUGCGGGCGGACGAUAUGGACAUUCUCGUACGUUCCGUGUCCGUGGGCAACUUUCAUCGCUCCAUCAUGGCGACGGCUCUCUCUGCGCUGGCCGUUGGCUCAACGCAUCCUGACUCGAUAGUAUCGGAGGCAUAUGCGGCUGGCGCUCAGGUCCCGUGUGCCAUGUCACAGACCCAUGCGAAUCCGCCGGCCUUGCACGCUUUUACCGUGGGUCAGCCAGCUGGUACGUCCAUGGCCAUGGUUCGUCGCAGCGAACAGGACAACACACCAGAGGCCGUGGUGUUGGAUCGGACGGCGCGCCGCAUUAUGCACGGCAACAUUGAUGUUGAUGUGUCUGACGAGCUCUGGCUGAGUCGACAAACCUACUUUGGGCGUACCAAACCCGAGCCAUGA